AUGUUCAGCCACAUGCUGCGCCCAGAGCUGAAGCUGACGCUAGCAGUGUCGGAUGGAAUGGAGGAAGCCUUCUUCUUGGCUGACAAUGAUGUGCCGACCACGGCUGACUUCGACAUGACUAUCAUCAUGGACGUCGUUCGUCGCUCUUAUGAGCUGAGCCAGCAGUCAGGCCGGGCCUUCCCUGAAGUCCUUCGGCUUCACGCAGACAACGGCAGCGGUGAGCUGAAGAACCAGACAUGCAGCAAAUGCAUGGCUUGGAUGGUAUGGCUGCGUUUGUUUAAGAGCAUCCAGGUCACCCACUUCAUGGCAGGCCAUAGCCAUGGCCUGCCUGACCAAAGAUUCUCCGAGGUGAGAGAGAAGCUUUUUGCUGUUGUUGGUGUUUUGGAAGACCCGGCCGAUUACAUGAAGAUCAUCGAGAAAGUGGAGCCCCGGGAAGGGCGCAAGCAACGGAUCUCCCGCUUGCAUGCUCUGUACGACUUCAAGUCCUUCUUUGAUGACAUGGAGGUGAAGAUGUCAGGCCAUACACAAACGCAGGGCAAGGAACGGGCCAAUCAGCAAGCUGUUCAUUCCUUCAGCUUCGUUCUCCGGGAGGACUACCAGAACCUCGCCGGCCUUGGGCUGGAGUUGGAGUCGAACUUUGACGAGGAGCCCCACCCGCACGACGUCAUCAUGAUGCUGAAGGCAUACAUGUCAGAUGACACCUACACGCAAGCCAUGGUUUUCGCACCAAAUGCUGCGCUAAAGCGUUUGGCUCCUUUCCCUUUGUCCAUACUCCCACGCAAGCAGAUGAACCCGCAGACCCGGAAAGAUCUUCAGAAAACGAUUGAGAAGAUCCAGGCUGCCCCGUGGUCCUUCAACCGAGCAGCAGAUUACCUCCGUGAGCUUCUGGCACAGGCGGGGGAAACGCCACAGGCUCCUGGCGAGUUCCCCCUGGCAGCCUUCGCAGGUCGCAUCCCAUGGAGUGUCCGGGAGUACCAGGCGACAGACAUGCUUAAGGAAGCAGACUUUGCGUGGGCUCGGCGUGAACCUGCUCGGGUGACAGUGGCUCCCAAGAUCAAGGCCACUGCGGCGAAGAAGGCAGCAAGUAAGAAGAGUGUGGUGGCCACGGAGGCUGCAUCUUCGUCCAACGCCGUGACCAGCCAGAAAGAUGAUGCGGGUGGAAGGAAGCGCGCUACUAAGCGCCCUGCUGCCGCCAUGAGGAGGCCGGCAGCUGCGUUCAAGCGAACUUGUGCCCCUUUCUUCCCAGGGCCUGGUCUGGAGCUGCCGACGGAUGCAGAGUCUAUGGUCUCGUUGCCAAGUCCGCCUGAUGAGGUGGAUGACGUGAGAGGCUCCUUGCCCAGCCCGGCCCCGGCGCUGGAGGUUCCCGAGGUCAACGGCAAUCCUCCGCAACUCCCUGAGAGUGAAGCCACUGAGCCGGCGCCUGAGGCUGAAGCCGCCGGGUCCGUGUCCGAGCCUGCUGAGCCAGCUGCUGGUGCUGCAGCACAGACAGGUGAAACCUUGCCACUCCGUGGUGGUUUCUCGCUCCGCCUUCCGGGGCACAUCAACCUUGGCUGUGCCAAAUGCCGUUAUGCCAGGACUGGAUGCAAGACCUGCCGCACAGCACGUGGCUUUCAUUUGGAGGGCCAGGUUUGGAUGCCACCUCCGUGA